AUCAUAUUUUGAAGUGAAGCACAAUUUUUGUGUUAGGUGCUAAAUAAGAACGCCUCAUUUUGAGAAAACCGUUUAUUGGCGAAAUGUUACACAAUAGGAAAAAAACAAAAACCCUAUAACUAGUUUUUGACGGUGUUCAUUUUGUUGGUAUUACAAUUAUUAAAAUCCAUACAAGCCCUUGGUCUUGUCAAAAAAUCGUAAACUAAAAAUUGUUGUAAUUAGUUUGUGGAUAGAUAGAUGCGUCGUUUUGCCGAAUCCGCACGUCCAGGAAGUCUCAAAAUAAAGGGAUGCCUAUCAGGAGAGCAGCCGACCCGAUCAGUGUCCAACAUGUGUGGGACGCAAUCCGAUCGGCGGUUCUGCAACGCCAAAUGGCCGAUUCGAAGCGAAUUAUAAAAUAUUUGCAACGUGUGGAGACUUGCACCUACCCCCAAGCCGAAUUACACAUCCAACAGACGCUCCAAGACGGACUGAUUGUGGCCUUACAAAAAGUAACCAAAACAUCAAAAGGGGACUUGGUGGACAGCUUUCGCAUCCCUACACACGAAGUGCCCCCCCUGGACGGGAAAGAUUGGUACUGCUUCGAGUGCCACCUCGCCGGCGAUGUCACCCCCUGCCAGAGGUGUUUCCGCGUUUUCCACACGGAUUGCAUAACAAACGGACGCCUCAAAUUCCAGGAAUACAGGAAAACUAACAUUCUUUACGACCAACAGCCGAAUAAAUCCGUAAACUCGAUUUCGUCAGAUUCCGACGAGUUGAGUGAGUUGAGUACUUACAACAACAAUGAUCCGAAUGAUGCGCUCGAGUAUGACGAAACGUUGUGCAGUAUGUGCAACGUCUCUAGACUGGCUGAUGGUUGCAAUUUGGAAAAGUCUGAAUUGAAUUAUCUUCUCAAGUUUGUAAUACACCGGAUUCAGUCUUGGUUACCCCACACUAUAACCCACACAAUGGGCGAGCAAGAGCGCCCCGAGUGGCUCACCGACAAGGAAUUGAGUUGGCGAGCAAACCAAUUGUUUUUCGAACACAGAGACAUGUCCGUGAUUGAAGUUAAUCUAAAUAACGAGUCGUACACAAAACUGUACGAAUUUCUCGCCGAUGUUCUGACAAUUCAGCACAAUGUUGCGAUUUUUCACGGAAUCGAGUCGCAGGAAUACGGAGCUGCCGAACUCAUGGUUCGCGACUGUAUGCACGACUUGACCGAGUUGAAACUUUGCGUGGAUUGCUAUCGCCAUAGUAAUGAGAAAAUCAACGCAAAGUGGUUCUGUUUGCCGUGCAGAGUGCCCCACAAGUUGGUGUGGGCGAAGCAGAAGGGCUACCCGUAUUGGCCGGCAAAGGUGAUCCAGGAGACUGGCACUCAUUUCGAUGUCAGGUUUUUCGGGGGGAAGUACGAAAGGUCGUUGCUGAUAAAAUCAUUGAUUAAACCAAUAGAAACACCGCAAUCGAAACUGCAAAUAAAGCCAUCGUCGGCUUUUAAUAAGGCGGUGGAGGAGUUAAAGUUCCAUCAAAGAUUGAUGCAGAAUCCUGAUGAACUCGAAAAAUUGAUCAAUUCGUCCAAGAACAAGAUUAGGAAUUUGAAACAGCGAAAUUCAACAUUAAAAAAGACACUCAAUAGUUCGACAGAGAUUAAAAAGAGGAAUAGUUCGUUUGAAAUCAAUGAUGUUUACAAGUUUGAGGACAAUCCAUUUGGGCAGCAAAAUUUAAGUUUAACACAUAAACGCAAAAGUAGCAUUUCUGCAGGAAGUCCCGCGUCGAAAAAAAAUUCAACUAGUACUCCCGAAAAAGAGGAAGAAGUUCACAACACUUCCGAUAGCGUAAUACACAUAUCAGAUGGUGAAGACGAUGAGUUUCCCUACUACAGAGAUAAUUAUUCAUCCAAUUUUAAUGGUUCAUACGAGCAAGUUUCAAGUUCCACUGAAAACUACCGAUUUCAGGAGACUUCAACUUUGAGAAGCCAGGAAAAUGGGAUGCAGCAACUUGAUCACCCUUAUAGUGAUUCAGUUGAAAAGAUGAGGCGAAGACUUGAAUGUUUGAGUGAUAAAAAAGAGCUUAUCAAGUGUGCAAUGGACUGUAUGCAAACUGAGACUGAUCGGAUCACAAAUGAUCACAAUGAUCAUUUGAAACGACUGUUUGAGUCCCACAAUGCGCAAAUAUCAGAGAUUAAGAAAAAACAAUGGUGUUAUAAUUGCGAACAAGAGGCGAUUUAUCACUGUUGUUGGAACACAGCGUAUUGUUCCCAAAGUUGCCAACAACAACACUGGCAAGCAGAACAUAAAAAAGUUUGUAGGCGUAAGCGCUAGAUAUAAGAGAUUGAAGUACACAAAAUGUUGUCUUAUUUUGUGUAUUGUCUAUUUUUAUAGUUUGUUAAUUAUUACCCGACAUUUAUCUAGAGGAUUAAUUUUUACAUAAUGGGACUAUGGCGUAAUUUUCGUUCUGGUACUUUUUAGGACCAAGUUAAAGUACAAUUCUAGUUCACUUUUUAAUUGUAGGCAAUAACUUUAAUUAAAUUUUAUUCAUAGUGUUAUUAGAGAAAAUUAAGUUGUUGGCUGUAUCACAAUUGAAAGUUAUGCCACUAUUUCAUUGUUUUCUCCUUUUACUUUAUUUAAAGUUAGUAUUGCUUCUAAAUGUAUUUUUCCAUUAUGUACUUGCAAGAGGAUUUUUAUUGUCAGGAACCAGUCUACUGCAGCUUUGUUAAAUUAUGGAUGUACAAAUAAAUCCUUUAUUUCUU